CUUUCCAGAGCUGGCAUUAUAACUGUGUUCCCUGUGCCUGGCACCCCUCUUGCCUCUUCCCCUGUCUAAGAUUAUGGGAGUUGGAGGGUUGUUUGCUGGAGUGUUGGACCCUUGAAGCAGACAUAGUGGGAUGCCCUGUUGCUUGGUAGGGGAGAAGAGAAAUACCUGUGGGGUACCUUCAGAACACACUGGACUUCCUCUCCUGGAAGAAUAUGAUCCAGACCCCUGUAUGUGGAGGAGGCCCAGGGUUUCAAGCUAUUUAUUGCUGGAGAAUUACUUUAUGGCUUCAAGGUCUGAUCUGUAAAAAGAUGGGGCUGGAUGCCUGCCAGCCCGGCGGGCCUGGGGCGUUCCCGCCCACCCUUGCCUUCGGGUCGUUCCGCAGUCUGGAUUGGGAGGAGAGGACGAGGGGUUUCCGGACUCGGCCCCAGGCAGCCCCUGCGUGGCUGUGACGUGUUUCGCCCCGCCUGUCUUGGGUGGUGACGCGAGUGGCCACGCCCCUGCGCUGACGUCACCGGCCCGGUUCCCUCUCCGGGGAGCGGCGGCGGACGCGCGGCUCCCACCCCCCUCCCCUCUCACGGGCUCUCCCCUCCCCGGUGGCGGCCGCGGCCCGACCCUCUGCAAGACGAUGGCCCGAGCCCCGAGCGCGGGCUAGCGUGCCUGGGUGCCCGGCCAUGGGCUGUAUCGGCUCUCGGAGUCCAGCGGGUCAGGUGGCCUCGGACCCUGCUUGGGCUGUGGAGUGGAUCGAACUUCCUCGGGGCCUCUCUCUAUCUUCCUUGGGAUCUGCUCGGACCCUCCGAGGCUGGAGCCGGUCCUCCCGCCCUUCCUCCGUGGACAGCCAGGACUUGCCAGAGGUGAAUGUUGGAGACACAGUCGCGAUGCUGCCCAAGUCCCGGAGAGCCCUAACUAUCCAGGAGAUUGCUGCGCUGGCCAGAUCCUCCCUGCAUGGUAUUUCCCAGGUGGUAAAGGACCACGUGACCAAGCCCACCGCCAUGGCCCAGGGCCGAGUGGCUCACCUCAUUGAGUGGAAAGGCUGGAGCAAGCCGAGCGACUCACCUGCUGCCCUGGAAUCAGCCUUUUCCUCCUAUUCGGACCUCAGCGAGGGUGAACAAGAGGCUCGCUUUGCAGCAGGAGUGGCUGAGCAGUUUGCCAUUGCAGAAGCCAAGCUCCGGGCAUGGUCUUCGGUGGAUGGUGAGGAUUCUACUGAUGAAUCCUAUGAUGAAGACUAUGCUGGAGGAACUGACUCAGAUAUGGCUGGGCAGCUGCCCCUGGGGCCCCACCUCCAGGACCUCUUCAGUGGCCACCGAUUCUCCAGGCCUAUGCGCCAGGGCUCUGUGGAGCCUGAGAGCGACUGCUCACAGACCGUGUCCCCAGAGACCCUGUGCUCUAGUCUGUGCAGCCUGGAGGAUGGGUUGCUGGGCUCCCCGGCCCGCCUGGCCUCCCAGCUGCUGGGCGAUGAGCUGCUCCUCGCCAAACUGCCCCCCAGCCGGGAAAGUGCCUUCCGUAGCCUGGGCCCCUUGGAGGCCCAGGACUCGCUCUACAACUCGCCCCUCAUGGAGUCCUGCCUUUCCCCCGCCGAGGAGGAGCCAGCCCCCUGCAAGGACUGCCAGCCUCUCUGCCCGCCCCCAGUGGGCAGCUGGGAACGGCAGCGGCAAGCCUCUGAUGUAGCUUCUUCUGGGGUGGUGUCCUUAGAUGAGGAUGAGGCAGAGCCGGAAGAACAGUGACCCAAAUCAUGCCUGGUGGUGGCAUGCGACCCCUGGCUGCUGCUCGGGGCAGAGCCUCUGUGCCCAAGUGCGGGCUGGAGGCUUCCAGCAGAGCUCCAAAGCCUGGAGGGCUCCUGGGAGCACUCACUCCUCCGUUGUGUGUUUUGCAUGAAAGUGUUCGGAGAGGAGGCAGGGGCCAGGCUGGGGGCGCAUGUCCUGCCCCCACUCCUGGGGUUUGCCGGGGGUUGCCCGGGGCCUCUGGGGCAUGGCUACAGCUGUGGCAGACAGUGAUGUUCAUGUUCUUAAAUCAAAAAUGCCACAUACACAUUUCCUCCUUGGAUGAUGUGAACCCCUAAGGGGGUGGUUGUGACUGGGCCCUGUGGGGUGGAACUGGAGGGAGCCCUGCCCCCUCUCCCCCUUCCCCACGCCUCUCUCUUCUCUGCUUCUCUCCACCUCUGAGUCCAUGUGCAGUGCUUGAUAGAAUCACCCACCACCCCAGGGCGGGCUGGCUCUUACCCUCCUGGAGCCUAGGAUUGAGCCGUUCCCCCUAAGGGCCCCUCGCCCAGCUGGGCUCAUGCUGUGCUUUGCCUCUCCAUCAUCUCUAAAUCUUCUUCUAUUUCCUAAAGAAUGAGGGGUUUUGGUCUGUUCUUUCAGUCGGAUAUUCUCUGGGAGGCACUGGAUUGAUGACGGCAUGUGCCCUAUACCCUUUGCCUGGCACCUUGUAGGAUGUGUGGGCAGGAUCCCAGCGGCUCACGGCCUGCCUAGCUGCCCCCGUUCACCGGGUUCUUGUCAGAGUGGCCUUGGGAGAAGGGAUAGCUCUGCUUGCUAUGGAGCUGUGACUUCAGUGUUCUUCCUGAGAAGGCCACAAGGGGGCCACAUGGGUGGCUGGGCAGUUGUCUGUGGGCGCCUGACUGAGCCUGGCAGGAAUUGUGCCAACCAGUGACAGUCAUGUGGGCGUGUCUCUCCUUGGGGAGGGAGGAGGGUAGUGCCUUUCUUGGCUGAAUGAAAGGCCAAAGCUACAGCACUGAGGGCCUUUGCCCCAGCUCGGGUGUUGAGAACCAAGCAGUGGUGGCCUCUGUGGAUCCUGUAUUCCACAGACAGUGAGCUCUGGAGUCUUACAGCUGUGGGGGGUUUGGGUGGCUGCAGAAUCCCGAGCCUUGCAGGCUCUGGCUGGUAAGAGGGCCCAAGGUAAGAACAAGAGCUGAUGGGCACAGGCAUUCUAUAUUUAAGUGGCUCAUUAGGUGUUUAUUUUGUUCUACUUAAGAAUUUGUUUUAUUAAAUUAAUAUAAAAAUCUU